UGGUCAGCUUAUUGGCUGUUUCCUGUUCAGUACACUCACUGCGUGGACCGGUGCUUCAGUAGUGUACGUGUAUAUAUAUACCGCUGGAUCUCGCCGUCUUCUGGAGCCGCUCGUGGAGCCAGUGCGUUUGUUGCAGUCUUUCUGGAUUCGAGCCGUGUACCGUACUGUCACGUGGGACCACAAGGGCCGUGUUGUAAACUGAAUAUUGGAAGGAGCUGCUGCUAGACCUGUGAUACAGUGUUCAUAGGCCGAGUGAAACAACUGGAGUGGUAGAGCUGGUGUCACUAGAAGAUUUACUGAAGUAGGCAGAGAGAGACAAACUGCCAUAUAUAGCUGUGAAACAAGAUCCCCUACAAACUGUCAGCAGGCUGAGUUUUUAUCGAUGAUGUCAUCAGAGAGCGGAGUGAUGUCGCCCAAAGAAGGGCUCAAGUCCUCUGCAAGUGGACCAUUGAUAUCAGAAAACGGGGUGAUGUCAUCUGAAAAUGGGAUGAUGUCAUCGCCUGACGACGAAUUGGAAGAAGACAAGGAGUGGAUAUACGGAGCAAGAGGUCUGCAGCAGAGCUCCUCCGCGACAGACGAUGGCAGCAAUGGUAGUAGUGAGACUCUGACUAGAGUUCAGCGACCUCCGAGAGAGAUGAGUUCUCGUGGUGAUAGUGUCACCAAUGGCAACAACGCUGGUACCUCUGCAACGAGUCAGGUGAUAUCGCUAUCUCCCUGCAACUCCCUGCUGUGGGAGAGGGCGGGGAAGGCCCCCGUCGUUUUUAGACGCGGAACAGCAACCGUUUGCGGUGACAUCGUUUAUUUGAACUCUUGCGACACAAGGGAGGUGUUUGGUUACCGUGACAUCACCAAGACGACCACGUCGUGGUGGGGAGAGGAGAAAGAGGUGAGGGGUGAGUGGCUUCGUUUCCCUGACUACCCAGUCAAGUUUUUCAGUCUUGCCAUAGUUGGGUCAAAGGUCACUGGGGUGGGCGGAGUCAGGGACGGGCUCCUGCGAACUACGUGUUCCAACCAGCUCCUGUGUUUGGAGAGGGAGCGGGACGGGUGGAAAUGGGCGAGGGGUUUCCCCUCCAUGCCAACCCCGAGAGGGUUCACGGGGGUCAUCGGCACGGCGAGGCAUCUCGUGGUCGCCGGGGGAGGUAGCUUGGAGAAGAAACUAACGACGGUUGAAGUGCUAGACGUGGAGAUGUCGCAAUGGAUGACGGCAACACCGCUACCGCAACCUUUGACCUCAGUCUCCAUGGUGGCACAGGACGGGCAGGUGUACCUGGGAGGGUUCUUCACUCAAAGAAAGGACGAGUAUGGAACCUCUCUCCUGGCGUCGCAGUCUGUGCUCACGUGCUCUCUCGUUGAUCUGCUGUCGUUGCCAUGGGCUACAGCAUCCUGUGGGUGGGGCUAAACGAGGAGGUGUGUUUCAAGCGGCGGAGGGUCUGGGACUAACGGUGAAAGUAUGGCUUCAGUGGGUGGGGCUUACAGCAAGCAAGACCUGAACGAAGGAGUGGGUGGAGCUUCAUGUAAACAAGGAGGGGUGGCUCUAAAUGGAGAAAGAAAAGUGGAUGGAGCUUUGUCUGAGCAAGGGGGUGGAGUCCCAAAUGGUAAAGUCGGUGUGGGAGCUUCCAAUGAUGUCUCAGUGAGUGUGAACCAGUCUCUAUGUGGAGGAGGGGGACCUCUUUGGAUGAACGUGAAGGAACUCCCCACUGCUUGCUCAACGCUCGUCUCCCUUGGCAACAGACUGGUCGCAGUGGGUGGAGUCUUGUUGUCGGGGCCCUACUCCAGCGAAGUGUACGGUUACAAUCCUCGGACGAUUCGUGGUCUGUGAUCGGUCGACUCGGGGUUCAAAGGUCGUUGCCCCUGGCAGUUUUCAGUGGCAACCGUCUGGUAGUGGUGGGAGGGUUAAAACCGGACUACACGUGGGGCGGGACCAAUAGAAGUGAAGGAGUAGAGUUUCUGACUGCCACACUGUGACCUUGUGACCUUUUCCUUGUGUAUUGGAACACAUCAGAUGUAUGAUGUAAUGAUGUGUGGAAUGCUAUGUAUGUGCUGUGGCCAUGGCAUUAUUAUCUUGCUCUUUGUCUGCUGUCACACGUUUGUAUCACUACGCCGCAGGUGUGCAUUAUUAUGUUAAUAUUAUAGUGAGAGUUCCAACAUGAAAGUAAUGAAUUUGUAGGUACUGAACACGUUUACUUUUCCCUUCCCUCCUCCCCCUUAUCUUUCUCUUUCUCUCUAAGCCCGAAGAUCCUCACCCCAUCACAUCUUCCAUCACCCACGACGAUACGUCGUCACUCAAUCAGUCGGAUAUUGUAGGGACCCCCUCCAGAAAUCACCAGGGGGGCUCGGGGGGCCACCACUUUCGGUCCCCUCUCCAGAAAGACUGCUACAUGGUCUUCAGGUCCCUCUGUAGACUGUCUAUGAAGGGAGUUAGCGAUAUCCACGACGUGAGGUCUCACGAACUCCGUUCCAAGAUCCUGAGUCUGGAACUGAUUGCCUCCAUCCUCCAGAACGGAGGGGAGGUCUUCAAGGCGGAAGAGGUGUUCAUUGGAGCGGUGAAGCAGUAUCUGUGUGUGGCGCUGUCGAAGAACGGAGUCUCAAGCGUGCCACAGGUGGUGGAGCUCUCUCUCUCCAUCUUCCUAGCCCUCUUCCAGACCUUCAAGAUACACCUCAAGAUGCAGAUCGAGGUGUUUUUCAAGGAGAUAUUCCUGAACAUCCUUGAGUCUGCCACCUCCUCCUUCCAACACAAGUGGCUGGUUCUGGAGGCUCUGGGUCGCGUCUGUAAUGAUUCACAGCAUGUGGUCGAUAUCUAUCUCAACUACGACUGCGAUCUCUCGCUGUUCAACAUCUUUGAACAUGUCAUUGGAGAGCUGUCCAAGAUAGCUCAGGGCCGUCAGCCAAUGGAGCUUGGAGCCACUACCCAUCAGGAGAAGAUGUUGAGGGUCAAAGGUCUCGACUGUCUGGUCUCCAUUCUGAAAUGCAUGGUGGAAUGGUCUCGGGCCCACUACAUAGAUCCUGCCACAACAGGCCUCAAUACCGUCCGGGUCAUACGGGCUGAUGAGAAGGAGACCGCCCCUGGGCAAUCUGUCGCUAACGACGUCGUCGACAGUGGGACCGGGGGAGAUGGAGAUGAAAGGGGCGUGGCAGCUGGUGGGUGGAGACAUGGGUCGUUGUCAGGGAAACUAGGAGUGGGAACAGGAGGAGGGGAGGGGGAGGUUGGAGCCAGAGUGGAGGAAUUUGAGACGAGGAAGAAGAGGAAGGAGAAGAUGCAGCAGGGAAUACAGCUAUUCGGCACUAAACCAAAGAAAGGGGUGAAGUUCCUGCAGGAGAACGGUCUCCUAGGAGACACCCCUGACAACGUGGCUCAGCUCUUUCACAGCGACAACAGACUGGACAAGGCAGCUGUUGGCGAUUACCUUGGGGAAAGUGAUGACUACUGCAAGGCGGUGAUGUAUGCGUACAUCGACCAAAUGGAUUUCACCGGGAUGGAUUUUGUCGCCGCGCUGCGACUGCUGCUGUCCAAGUUCCGUCUCCCUGGCGAGGCGCAGAAGAUCGACAGACUGAUGGAGAAGUUCGCCGGACGAUACUGCGAGACUAACACUAAACUAGACAUAUUUGCGAGUGCCGAUGCAGCCUACGUGUUGGCGUACUCCAUCAUUAUGUUGACCACUGAUCUCCACAGCUCUCAAGUGAAGAAGAAGAUGACAAAGGAGGAGUACAUAAAGAUGAACAGAGGAAUCAACGACCAUAAAGACCUACCUCGGGAGUAUCUGGAGGCCAUCUAUGACAAGAUCGCCAUGAAAGAGAUCAAGAUGAGCUCUCAGUCCGUGAGAAGAUCGACCAUCGGCAGAUCGGUCAUGGGAGUGAGUGAGAAGCAGAGGAGGGUGAUAUACCAGAAGGAGAUGCUGGAAGCCUCGGAAACUGCCAAGGCCCUUGUCGAGGGUAUGAAGAACAGUGCGUCUGAUUUCAUCACGGCGACCCACGUCGAACACGUCAAGGCCAUGUUCAAGGUAUCCUGGACGCCAUUUCUGGCGGCAUUCAGCGUUGCCCUGAGAGACGGAGAUGACCCGGAGAUGGUGUCACUGUGUCUCGAUGGUUUUCGCUGCGCCAUACGAAUAUCAUGCAUCUUCUCACUGGAUCUGGAGAGAGAUGCGUACAUCAAGGGUUUGGCAAAGUUCACGAUGCUGACGACCUCAGUGGGUCUGGCCGAGAUGAAACCAAAGAACAUCGAGGUCAUCAAGUCUCUGUGUAACGUCGCCUACACUGAUGGCAACUAUCUCCAGGACUCCUGGAUGGAUGUAUUUCACUGCGUGUCUCAAUUGGAGCUGGCUCAGCUAGUCGGCACCGGUGUCAAGACCCGUUACCUGACAACCAGUAGCUCCGCCCGCCCACAACGAGGGGGCGGGGCCAAAGGGAAGAUCAGCCAAUCAUCUCGCACUGGAGUAGACGCCGUUCUGACUGGCACAGAUCAGAAGAGGAUAGACUCCAUCAAGGAGCAGGUAGGAGAGACAAGCUCGCAGACAGUGGUGGUGGCCGUCGACAGGAUCUUCACUGGAUCCACCCGCCUCGACUCCCAGGCCAUCGUUGACUUUGUAGAGGCGCUGUGUGCCACGUCAAACGCGGAGCUGUCAAAUCCCACCCACCCACGCAUGUUCAGCCUCCAGAAGAUUAUCGAGAUCUCCUACUACAACAUGGACAGAAUCAGACUGGAGUGGUCUCGCAUGUGGGAGGUCCUUGGGGCACAUUUUAACACCGUUGGUGGUCUCCCAAACGAAGAGGUGUCCUUCUUCGUGGUGGACUCGUUGAGACAGCUGUCGAUGAAGUUCCUGGAGAAAGGAGAACUGGCCAAUUUCAGAUUUCAGAAGGAAUUCCUCAGACCUUUCGAACACAUCAUGAAGAGAAGCGGGGCAGUGACAAUAAGAGAUAUGGUGGUGAGAUGUGUGACCCAGAUGGUCAGUUCCAAGGCUGGUAACGUCAGGUCAGGUUGGAAGAACAUAUUCUCAGUGUUCCAUCUGGCUGCCUCGGACACAGACACCGCCAUCGUGGAGAUGGCCUUCGAGACCACUGAUCUGAUAUUCAGGAACCAUUUCCUGGCCUCCAUUGCCUCAUUCCACGACGCCAUAAAAUGCCUCUCCGAGUUUGCCUGCAACGCUGCCUUCCCCGACACCUCAAUGGAGGCCAUCAGAAUCAUCCGCUCAUGUGCCAAGAACGUUGCCGAUAGUCCACAGUUGUUCCAUGUGUCGGAGGAGGCGGCAGCUGAUCCUGACCAUAUCUGGUCCAGAGCGUGGUUCCCCAUCAUGUUGGAGCUCUCCACAGUCAUCAGUCGUUGCAAACUAGACGUCAGGACAAGGUGAGACCUCGUCCUGGUAGUUUAGGACAAGGUGAGACCUCGUCCUGGUAGUUUAGGACAAGGUGAGACCUCGUCCUGGUAGUUUAGGACAUUUAGGACAAGGUGGGACCUCGUCCUGGUAGUUUAGGACAGUGUGAGACCUCGUCCUGGUAGUUUAGGACAAGGUGGGACCUCGUCCUGGUAGUUUCG